AUGUUACACAUCGAUGGAAGCUUUUGUGAAGGCGGCGGUCAGCUUCUACGCAACGCCGUCGCUCUCUCAGCACUGUUAUCAAAACCAAUAUCCAUACCCAACGUUCGCCAUAAUCGAAGACCCCCAGGCCUCCGAAAUCAGCAUGAAGCAGGUAUGUACUCAUCGCUUUGUACAUCAAACUUACUGACUCCAAUAGGGAUCAAACUUGCAGCAGCCAUCUCCACAGCUGAAACAGAAGGUGUACACUUGGGUUCCACCAGCAUCACCUUCAAACCAGGAAAAAUAGAACUACCCAAAAUAUUAACCGCUGACCCCGGAACAGCAGGCUCGACCACCCUACUUCUCCAAGUCUCCCUGCCGUGUUUGCUAUUCUCUUCCUCCCCCACUUCCCCUUCUACGAUAACUCUCCGCGGAGGGACGAAUGCAACCCAAGCUCCCCAGAUAGAUUAUAUCCAGCAUGUUUUCUUGCCAUUCAUGAAACGCCAUUUUGGCGUAGACGUUGCACUCAAGAUCAUGCAACGAGGCUACUUCCCCAGAGGGGGCGGAUCAGUCUGGUGUAGUGUUCCCCCGCUCACUGAGGCACUUCCUCCAGUAACGCUUACAGAGAGGGGCCCCGUUCAGGUCAUCAGAGGUGAAGCACGGGUCGGAGGGCUUCCUUUCAUCCUUGCCGAACGCAUGAAGAACGCUGCGCGUGCUACACUACUGGCUGGUGGUGUUUCUCCCACUAUUAUCCGCAUUGACGCAGUCAGAGAAACUCAGGAACAGGCGUUCGGAAGUGGAGGGGGAAUAUUGCUGUUCGCUGAGACUGACAACGGCUGCGUGAUAGGGGGAUCCUCAGUCAGCACGAGAAGUAAAGCUCCAGAGGAAAUUGGCAACGAAGCUGCAGAGGAGCUCCUUCGCAAUCUUCGUCAUGAUGGAUGCGUAGAUGAGUAUCUGCAGGACCAGAUAAUCAUUUUCAUGGCUAUCGCAAAGGGCCGCUCAACAGUCAAGACCGGACCUCUGACAGAUCAUACAAGAACUGCAAUAAAAAUAGCGGAACAAAUGACUGGCGCUACAUUUCAUCUCGAGGAGAAUCCAUCAGGUUUCGUCAUUAUAAGCUGCGACGGCAUCGGCUAUACCCCAAGCCCAUAG